AUGACCCCAGGAGAGGAGCAGGAACAGGAUGAGUGGGAGGAGGCUGCCUGCCCUCUGGGGCCCCACCCUCGGCCUCCGUGUCUCUCUCUAGGCCCUCGGACCUCUGUGCUCCUGGCUUUUGCCCUGCUCUGCCUGCCUUGGCCCCACGAGGUGGGCGCCUUCCCCACCAUGUCCUUGUCCAGCCUGUUUGCCAACGCUGUGCUCCGGGCCCAGCACCUGCACCAACUGGCUGCUGACACCUACAGAGAGUUUGAGCGCACGUAUAUCCCGGAGGGACAGAGAUAUUCGAUCCAGGCUGCCUUCUGCUUCUCGGAAACCAUUCCAGCCCCCACGGGCAAGGAAGAGGCUCGGCAGAAAUCUGACGUGGAGCUGCUCCGUUUCUCCCUGCUGCUCAUCCAGUCCUGGCUCGGGCCCGUGCAGUUCCUCAGCAGGGUCUUCACCUCGAACCGCGUCUACGAGAAGCUGAGGGACCUGGAGGAAGGCAUCCAAGUCCUGAUGCGGGAGCUGGAAGACGGCAGUCCCCGGGCUGCGCUGAUCCUCAGGCAAACAACCUACGACAAGUUUGACACAAACUUGCGUAGUGAUGAUACAGUGCUCAAGAACUACGGGCUGCUCUCCUGCUUCAAGAAAGACCUGCACAAGGUUGAGACAUACCUGCGGUUCACAAAGUGUCGUCGCUUCAUGGAAAGCAGCUGUGCCUUCUAG